ACACAUGAUACACCUGUAUGCUCUUUUGUUACAGAAACACCUGUGUUUUCGCUCUCAGUGUAUUGUUACUCUUCCUCCCGUAAACAUCUGACCCGCACAGAAUCAGGAUAUAUCAAGGAUAUACGGUUGAGGAUGGGGUCAAUUUUGCCUAAGUUGUACCUUAUACUGUGUGUCUGGGGAGCGAUACUUCUCUUUAUCCUUAGACAUUUCAGUAGCGAAAUACGGUACAUUCAAAAGAGAAUUGGUCUACAGGGAAGAUCAGUCAUUAAUGAGACUAAAAUCGACUAUGAAGUUUUGAGCGAUCCAGUUCCUAUUUCUAUUCCUCAAACAGUCUUCGUUAUUGAGAAAAAAGAAGAAAAGGAAAAAGUGCCUACUUCAUGUGCAUGUAAAGCAAUUCCUCUGCGUCGUUCUGCCUUCUAUCAAGGACAACUUUCUAUGAUGCUUUCGUGGAAGAACCAGACUUCCCUGCAAGUGCUGGCGAAACAACAUCCCAACUUCCCUCACAGCUUACUCGUUAACACCAGCGAAAAUUUUUGCGAGCUCAUGCCACCUCCACAUAACAUAGCUUGGGAGGAAACUUAUUACCAAACCGUGACAGUCUCUAAUACCACAACUUACUUACUUUAUUCCGCUGUCUUUGAUAACCGCCCACUCACAGAUAUACGCCCUUGCAUCCGGAUCUUGGCGUUUACCACAGCCAAGAAACCAACCUUUCCUUGGUGCUACAUUUGGUUCAACACCACCGGUCCUCCCGCCAUCUCUGAAGUCAUUAGGAGUGAAUUCAUCGACUGGCAACCUAAGUCAGAUAAGCACCAUAUGUUUUUCCUUCUCACCUGUCGUAUCCCCGACGGCGUGGCUCACAUGAUGCCUUUGGCUGUAUCUGUUGUUCGUGCGCCAUGUGAGAAAGCACAAACGCUACUGCAGGUAAACGGAGCAAUGCAACGCGGCAGUUCAGCGAAAUUCGAAGGGGGUGACGCAAAUAAAGCUGUGAAUGGCACUCCUCUGUGGAACGUGGCCGUGUGUGGACCAGCACUAUUCUACUACCACGAUGACAUCUCCAUCCGCUUGGUCGAAUGGCUGGAACUAUUAAGGGCUCAGGGCUUCGCUAAGGUGUUUCUGCUACAGACUACUGUCCAUCCCAACAUAGAAAAGGUCCUGCAGUACUAUGAGCAGGAGGGCUUUGUUGGUAUUACACAAUUCUCAUACCCAGUACCUUACGCCAACGAACCAACUCUCCGAAGGCUGUGGGUUUUGAUGGAGCGGGUAAAACUCUUCGCGAUGGAGAAUAUAUACUUCACUGACUGCCUUCUCCGCCACAUGCACGAGUACCGCUUUAUCGCCCACUUCGACCCUGACGAAAUGCCGAUGCUGCCGAACCAUGACUCCUUCCCCUCGUGGCUGCACGACCACGUUCGAAGAACAAAUUCGACAUAUCCAUAUUCAUCCUACGACCUGUCCUGGUACUACCACCACAGCGACCUUGAGCCUGUCAAGUCCCUCCCGAAGUACCUCUGGUUUCUAAGACACACGAGGAGAACAACCCUAGACGUCUUCCCAUCUCUCAGCAAACCCACUUACGACAUGGACGUUGUUACCGGCGUCUUCUCGCACGGAACAAUAACCUGUGCUUAUGGGAAAUGCAAGAAGAAGGCCUACAAAUGUCCACGGAAGGAAGCGUACCUUGGCCACUACAGGAGGGACUGCGGAAAGGCCUGCAAGACACCGAAGUCUGUGUUGGACGUACCUAGUCUCCUGAAGUACAGAGAUCAAGUGUCAUCAGCUGUUCACAAAGUUUUGGUAAAACUAGAGUUGAUAUGACAGCUGAAGGACAUUCUGGUUGCUAGUUGUUAUUGCCAUUUUGUAUGGCUGUAAGUACAUACGUAAAGUAUUAAUAAUAUAAGUACUAUUA